UUGCAUCAAUUUCUUUAGUUGGAGACUUUUCUUCAAUUGUUUAUUGUUAGGGGCAGUGGAGUGAAGGAGAAACAACAAUGUCGCCAAUUUCUAAGAUUCUAGGAGGAUGCAGGACACUGAUGGCGAAGGCGGUGACUAAUGCGACGGCUACCGGCGCCGGCGUUGAUAGAAGAGGAGGAAUUCAUAAGAUUUUUCCAGUCUCAGAGUCGCUGGCUAGAUUCGUCGGCCAAAGCGAAGUCUCUUUUUCCACCGCCAUGGAGAAAGUGGAGCAGUAUACCGAUGAUCACAAUCUUUGGAAUCCGGAGAAUAUAGAGGAGAUACUGUGCGAUGAUAACUUGAAGACGAUUUUCGAUGGCCAAGACAAAGUCGUCGGAGUCAGAGAGAUGACGGAGCUUUUGUUGCGACAUUUUCCUAACGUUAGAACUAUGUCGGCGAAGGUGAAGGCUACCGGUGGAGGUACUAUAGAAAAAUGGGGGUUCAAUGAUAUUGUGAAAGUCUCAGAGCCGCUGGCUAGAUUCGUCGGCCAAAGCGAAAUCUCUUUUGACGCCGCCUUGAGAAAAUUGCUAGAUUAUGCCUUUGAUCACAAGCUCGUAGAUGAGGGUGUUACUCUGCUCGAGUUUCCUUGGAUUACGAAGUGUAGUAAAUGGCGGAUACGAUGCGAUGAUACCUUGAAGACGAUACUCGAUGGCAAAGACAAAGUCGGAAAUAAAGAGCUCUCUUCACUCUUGAUGCAACAUUUUCCUGACAGCUCUCUUCACUCUUGAUGUUUUCUUUUGGUUCAUUUCGGAUGCAUAUGAACUUUGGUACGUGUAAAAAAAAAACAAAAUUUAACUUGAAAUAGAAAAUAGAAAAAAAUUAAUUUAGGAAAUAGAAAAAAAAGAGAGAAAAUCAUCAGCUACAUCGCUG